AUGCAUGACGAUGACCAUGAUGGAAUUGAGAGUCCCACGUUCACGUGCCUCGAGAUGUGCAUCUACGGAUGGACCCUCGCGCGGACCGCUGUGUGGUUGAACGGAUCCAGAGUCAUCUUGCGGUGGUUCCUUUGUGGGUUGGUUCGUACUCAUGCAAUGUUCCAACAUAGGUCUGCUCCAUGGCCGUUGACAAAGGUGUCUGUCGUGUUCCAGUCUCAUCAACGACAUACAGGCAACUACACAGGUGGAUCAACGGGUGCUUCGUCCAAGUCUCGUCUUCCCGUCUUGUUGGUUGUCUGGGUUGGUCGGUUGGCUCCUUGGCACUGCGGUUUGGGUUAG